UGACUGUGGAAUUGUUCGUUGAGACGUGUUUACUUGGGCCUUGUGUCUGUGGAGAUAGCGAGCAAAUAACAGAACUAAAAGCGGAGUUUUGCUUAUUAUAGCUGGCUAUCUAACUGCCUUGUUUUUAACAAAGCGUAAAGAUGUCGUCAUUGGAAGUUCGUGCUGCGUUACGGAACGCAGACAACCCAGUACUAAUGGGAAAAGCAAACGUAGCUGGAGCAAGAAGGGCUGUGCUUGGAGAGCUGUCCAACUUUCCCAAUGCCAGCAAAGCGGUGCCGUCCAAGACUGUUGCUGCUGCAAAGGCUUCAACCAAACAAUCUAUGAACCAAAAAGACCAGCCAGCAGCUGUUCGGACUAAACGUUCCCCAGUUCCUCAGCCUGAAGAGUCUGCUAACGUGUCCAUGAAAGAAGAGGAAUUGUGUCAGGCGUUCUCAGUAGCUCUACUUGCUGUAGAAGACAUUGAUGAAGGGGAUUCAGACAUGCCACAACUGUGCUCUGAAUAUAUAAAGGAUAUCUAUGGAUAUUUGCAGCGCCUUGAGACCCAGCAGUCUGUCCGGCCCAAGUACAUGGAUGGCUAUGAGAUCAAUGGACGAAUGCGUGCUCUCCUGAUUGACUGGCUGAUUCAGGUGCAUUCCAGGUUCCAGCUACUGCAGGAGACUCUGUAUUUGACUGUGGCCAUCCUGGAUCGCUUUCUUCAGGUGCAAACUAUCGGCCGCAAGAAGCUCCAGCUGGUUGGCGUGACUGCCAUGUUGUUGGCAUCCAAGUAUGAAGAGAUGUAUUCCCCGGAGAUUGGUGAUUUCGUUUACAUCACAGACAAUGCAUUCACCAAGGCCCAUAUUCGUGAGAUGGAACAGAUGAUUCUGCAGAGUCUGAACUUUGAGCUUGGACGGCCUCUACCCCUACACUUCCUCAGGAGAGCCUCCAAGGCUGGCAAUGCUGAUGUUGAGAAGCACACACUAGCCAAAUACCUCAUGGAACUGACCCUCCUUGACUAUGACAUGGUGCACUACCAUCCUUCUGAGAUUGCUGCUGCAGCCUUGUGCCUCUCCCAGCUGCUGCUUGAUGAGCUCAACUGGACUCUAACGCAGGAGCAUUACUCUACCUAUAAUGAGAACCACCUCAAGCCAAUCAUGCAGCACAUUGCCAAAAAUGUUGUCUCUGUCACUGAAGGGCGAACAAAGCUUCAGGCUGUCAAGAACAAGUACGCAAGCAGCAGGCUAAUGAGGAUCAGCCUCAUCCCUCAGCUGAAGUCUGCUGUUGUAAAUGACAUGGCUGCUGCUCUGCUCCCAGAACAUAAACCCUGAUGUGUGAUUAGACUGAUUCUUAAUCUGCUGCACUUUAUUUUUUAACUUGUUUUUUUUGUCUUUAAGUAUCUAUCGUGAGAUGGCCUUUUUAGACUGCUGCUUUUAAGUACAUGUAAAUAUUUAAAUUUGUACAAAUAAACGUUUUGAACCAUCUUAAACAUCA